GCUUCCUCCGUGGAGGCUGCGUGUGUCUGUAGGAGACUGUGCCCGGCCCUCCCGUGCUAAGGGUGAGGCCUGUGCUCCCAGAAGCAGCCUGCCUGUAGCAGUAAAGCAGGAGCAGGCAGCAUCAGAGAUGGUCUCUGACCUGAGCGCAGCCAAACUGUAUGAAGACUGGGAUGAUGUUCCACCUUCAUCUGCUUUGGAGGAGAUUUCCGAGGAAGAAGCUGUGAAGAUCAUUGCAGAUCCACUUCUUCCCCCUCAGUCUUCCACACUUCGAGAUUAUGUUGAUCACUCAGAAACCCUGACCAAGCUUGUCCAUCUAGGAGUUGACUUAUCUCAAGUGGAGAAACGUCAAAAGGCAGGUCAACUCUUAUUGACCUUGGACUUUGAAAAAGAUAUAACUAAAAUACUUCUGUUUCUGAAGGAUAUGGGUAUAGAAGACAGUCAACUGGGACCGUUCCUGACCAAAAAUCCAUACAUCCUUGGUGAAGAUCUGGAAGCUCUAGAAACCAGAGUGGCUUACCUAAAAUCAAAAAAAUUUGGUAAUGCAGAAAUUACUCAGAUGGUCUCAAGAGCUCCAUAUUUGCUGUUGUUUUCAGUGGAAAGAUUGGAUAACAGACUGGGUUUCUUAAAAAAUGAACUUGGCCUCAGUGUAAAAAAGACAAAGGAUCUGGUAAUUCGUUUUCCUAGGCUGCUGACUGGCAAAUUAGAGCCUGUGAAAGAGAAUCUUCAGGUUUGUCAAGUUGAAUUUGGUUUUCAACGUAAUGAAGUUCAGCAGAUUGCGUUUAAAACCCCCAAGAUUUUAACUGCGAGUAAAAAGAGACUCAGACAGACAUUUGACUAUCUGCACAACAUAAUGGGCAUUCCCCACAACAUGCUUACUCGCUUUCCUCAGGUUUUCAACUCGAAGCUAUUACGAAUCAAAGAGAGACAUAUGUUUCUUAUAUUCCUGGGAAGAGCCCAGUAUGACCCAACUCAACCCAGCUACAUCUCUCUGGACCAGCUUGUGUCCUUACCCGAUGAGGUGUUUUGUACAGAGAUUGCCAAAGCCUCCAUGCAGGACUUUGAAAAAUUCUUAAAAACGAUUUAAUUAUGAACACAUGUAGAAAGGAAUAAAGUUAUGAAAGAAACAUUUUUAAAAACUG